CAGGUCCCCAGGGCAGCCCCGGCUGGCCUGGCCUAGCCACACACGCACCAUGAAGUACCCUCUGGUGCCACUGGUGAACGAGCUGACAUUUUCUUUCCUGGUGUUCUGGCUCUGUCUGCCCGUGGCCUUGCUGUUGUUCUUGCUGAUCAUCCGGCUACGCUUCUUACUCAGCCAAGAUUCAGAGGAAAAUGACUCAGAUGUAUGCCUCGAUUGGGAGCCCUGGAGCAAAGACCCUGCCGAGUUUUGCCAGGAGGAGAUGCUCCACAGCCAAGAGGAGGAGAGGCCCUGCUGCUGAGCCUAUUCUGCCCGAUUCAGUGUUUCACUACUUCCCAGCCUGGUUUUCCUGGCAUCAGUGGGGCCGUGGCCAUGGCCGACGGCGAUGGGAGACUCUCCAGGGAGGGGAGAGGACUUUGGCGAGUGAGGUGCUCCCCUGUGAGCCCAGUUUGGCUCCUCCACCGAUGGACACACAAACGCCUCCAGAGACCCGGCUCUUCUAUGUUACAGACGACCUCCCCGGCCCCCCAGGGAGGAGCCGGAGCUCCUCUUAUACUGUGAAGACAGCAUAAGCGGGCCGGCCCCGGGGAGAAGCUGGCCAGCUGAGCUCAGAGGUCUGCGAGGGCAGGGCUGGGCUAGAGGGCAUGGAUCCGUAUUAAAGAAACAAAGAGGGUUCCUGUGCUCAGGAGACCCUGACAAGCCUGCUGGGCCUGAUCAAGUCCACUCAUUUGACAAGCUGUGGGGACGGGGGCAGCCCUGGCACCCGGGGUAGUCCUGGCACCGACUCGUGCCAUCCUGACCUUUGGGGAUCUGUUCCCAUCUGUCCAAAGGGAUGGCAGAUCAUGCUCUGAACUUCUGUUCUUUCAUUUCAAGCACAAAUUCACUCUUUUUUUUGGCCAAGCCACAUGACCUGUGAUCUUACUCCUCCAACCAGGAAUUGAAUCUGGGCCCUCGGCAGUGAAAGCAUUGAGUCCUAGCCACUGGACCACCCAGGAAUUCCCUCAGUCUCACUCCUUGAUUAGUCUUCAGGUUGAUUUUAAUAACAAAUAUUCAUUUAAUAACUAUCACAAAAAGAAGAGCUCCCAGUUAGUGAACGCUUACUGUGUACCAGGUGCUUUUCCAGGCAUUGUUUUUAUACACAUGAUGGUUUUUAACCCUCAGCAGCAGGCAGUGAGGUAGGGUCUCUGGUUAUCCCUGGUUGACAGAUGGGGAAACUGAGGCACGGAGUUGUCAAUCACCUUGCUCAGAGUCACACCAGUGGGGCUGGAAGGGAAACUCAGCCCUGACUCUAGUGCCAGCCCUGCUCCGCAGUGCCACUUCUCCAGGAUGGGGUGUUGGAAGAGAACAUGGAGGAGACACAGAGCUCUGACCUUUCCAGAACCCCCCCGUCUCUGCACCCCUGCUGGCUACACGGAGGCAGCAGGGUUGAUGGGCUGGAGAUUAGGACAGACCCACGGGAUCCCCUGGGUGGUCAUCUUUGUCCCCUUUUUCUCUCUCAACCCAUGUCCCACCAAUAAACCCCCAUAAGGCUUCUAAACAAAAGAGAGAGAAUAAGUCUGAGUUAUUAGAGCCGGAAUUACUUUUUUUUGUUCAUUAAAUGGGCAACUUGAUUUUUUGUUACCUUUUUAUUUUAUAUUGGAGAACGUGCUUCUGCAGGCAGGCUUGACCGAGUUCCAAGGAAGGAUCAGAGCAAGGCUCAACCCCCUGGGGAACUUCCAGAACCUCUCUGGAAAGCCCUGCAGAUAAGCCCGUUGAAGGAGCAGCCACCAUCAGCUGUUGCAAGUUGUUGUCCCUCAGGGGCAGGACCCCAGGAUAAUCCUCUCUUAGUCUCUUUUCAGAGAGGAAUUAGAGCUAGAGGAUUUUAAAAUGUGAGACCGCCCCAUGUUCAAACAAUGGCAAGCUACCCUGAACGUGCUAACAUUCCCAGGUUCAAAUGAUGGCAAAUAUUAAAUGUGCUCUAACAUCCGCUAGGGGGAGCCACUCUGCUACUUCAAAUGGAGCUUGGAGGAUCCUGAUCUGGUUGGGAGCACUUGUCUUCUCUGGGGUCACGGGCAGCACUGUAAUUUCCCCUAGUCACCUGAAAAAUGCAGCCGGCCGCUCCCUCCCAGAAGUGCUAUGUGAGAAUCUCGAUGCAGCCCAUCUGUUCCCUCCCGACUCUUGAAAGCUUCUGUACAGUUCUCUGAGCCCUCGUGGCAUAAUGAUGCCUCCAGCAGAGUGCCCCAGCCCUGGCUGCACAGUGGAAUCAAGUGGGCAGCUUCCAAUAGUGCGGAUGCCCACGUCCCAUCUCCAUUGGUUUUUGGUGCCGUUGGUCUGGAGUUUGGCCCAGGCGUCGGGACUUUGAAGGGUUUCCUGUGCACAGUCAGGGUUUAGAACCAGCGGUCUUUGGGUCUGGUCUCCACACCUAGAAUGCAGUUCCUUGGCCCAGCAGGGCUCCUAUUUCUCUGGCUCUCACCCACCUUGACCAGGCAAAGGGAUCGCCCACAGCUGUGCUUUUCUCUGUCUCCUGGCCUAGCCUCAGCUCGGAUUCAGGAAGCCUAUAUUAAUUCUAUUUCAAGAUGUUUUCAUCCGUGUUGUCUAUACCACAAAAGAGCCAUACUUGAAAAAUUCACAACCCAGAGAUCAACUCUACCAGACUUACUAUGUGGAAGAAAGUUGGUGAACAUCGCUGGACAAUUCAAAGAAUGAGCACCCUGCAUGAAAUGAACCCGUCUGGUCUUAAGGGUACCUUGAAGCCAUGUAGGAAGACUGUGAUGAGGCUGUGGUCCAGGCCAGAGAGGAGGGGUUCUUGGACCAGGAUGAUGGGAAUUGGGGGAAUGCAAGAGGUGUAUGAAGGAUUGAAUUAUCUAGAGGUUUAGGGAGCUCAGCCUCGUACUCUGUGAUGACCUAGAGGGGUAGGAUGAGAGGUGGGUGGGAGGCUCAAGAAGGAGGGGAUAUAUAUAUAGUUAUGACUGAUUCAUAUUGUUGU